UGGAGAGCCCCACGGCUCCGUGCAAGAGCUCUAUUUUAUUAGUUCGGCCUCACCCUGCUCUCUUCUCCCGCAUGUCCGCGUCUCGGUUUCCAUUUCCGUCUCCCAGCUCCUUGAUUCGCUCUCCUUUCCCUGCCUCAAAUCCUGCAUGAUCGUCGAAUAAAAUAUAAGCAAACCAAAUCCGAUUUCGAUACUUCUAUAAAUCCCCGCUUCCGUUCUCCGAUCGAUUUCACUUCGCCCGUAUUUCGAUCGAUUUCUCUGUAAGAAUUGUUCGAUCUCUUUCUAUUUUGGUGUUCUGCGAGCCUUUCGCUGGUGAAAGAUCGCUCCAUUUCUUGUCCUUUUCAAGCAGCAGCCAUGAACGCUCUGGCCGCCACCAGCCGCAACUUUCGCCAGGCCUCCCGCCUCCUGGCUCUCGAUUCCAAGCUCGAGAAGAGCCUCUUAAUCCCCUUCCGUGAAAUCAAGGUGGAAUGUACCAUCCCUAGAGAUGAUGGGACGAUGGCUUCCUAUGUUGGGUUCAGGGUUCAGCAUGACAAUGCCCGGGGGCCGAUGAAAGGGGGGAUCAGAUAUCACCCUGAAGUUGACCCUGAUGAGGUGAAUGCUCUGGCUCAACUGAUGACAUGGAAAACAGCCGUUGCAGACAUUCCAUAUGGUGGAGCGAAGGGGGGCAUUGGGUGCUCUCCUGGUGAAUUAAGUACCAGUGAGUUGGAACGCCUAACACGUGUCUUUACUCAGAAGAUUCAUGAUCUCAUUGGAACUCACACUGAUGUUCCAGCCCCUGAUAUGGGAACCAAUUCACAGACUAUGGCAUGGAUUUUAGAUGAGUAUUCUAAGUUCCAUGGCCACUCACCAGCCAUCGUUACUGGAAAGCCAAUAGAUCUUGGUGGCUCCUUAGGCAGGGAUGCUGCUACCGGGCGAGGUGUUGUAUUUGGUGCCGAGGCUUUAUUAGCUGAACAUGGGAAGUCUAUUUCUGGAUUGAGUUUUGUUAUCCAGGGUUUUGGAAAUGUGGGAUCUUGGGCUGCACAAAUUCUUCAUGAAAAAGGUGGUAAGAUUAUUGCAAUUGGAGAUGUAACCGGUGCAAUAGAAAAUCCGGAUGGUAUUGAUAUUCCUGCACUCAUGAACCACAAAAAUGGAGGCGGUGUUCUGAAAGAUUUCAAAGGCGCAAAUGCUAUGGACAUGAAGGAAUUGCUUGUGCAUGAAUGUGAUGUUCUUAUUCCUUGUGCCUUGGGCGGAGUGCUUCACAGGGAAAAUGCUGCUGAUGUGAAGGCCAAGUACAUCAUAGAAGCUGCUAACCAUCCCACUGAUCCAGAAGCAGAUGAGAUACUAUCGAAAAAAGGGGUCGUCAUACUGCCCGACAUUUAUGCAAAUGCUGGGGGUGUGAUUGUGAGUUAUUUUGAGUGGGUUCAGAACAUCCAAGGGUUCAUGUGGGGUGAGGAUAAGGUGAACAUGGAACUUCAAAGGUACAUGACAGGUGCUUUCAAGAACAUCAAGUCAAUGUGUAAGACUCAUGACUGCAAUCUCAGAAUGGGCGCGUUCACCCUGGGGGUGAACCGAGUUGCCCGUGCUACUCUCCUGAGGGGUUGGGAAGCAUAGGGAGAUGAAUUCUGAUUCAUUUAGAAAAAUUCUUAGCUAUCAAAGACAAGAGAAAGAAAGGAGCUCAACGUUAUUAUUUUCCAGUCUAAAAAAAAAAAAAAAAAAACCAUACAGGGGAGACUUGAGUAACAUAUGUUCAACCAGUGAAGUAGUCUGGAACUCUCAAAGCAAAACUGUUACAUUUGUUCUUUUGUUGUGAGUGAAGUUUAAGCUUAUGGAAAUAAAAGGUAGUUGUUGCCGUAGUUUC